AUGGGUGCCAUCCUUGCAGUGAUUGGUUUGUUUUACGACACAAUCCUACCGGCUGUAAUUGAUAAUGCCGUCAAGGACGGCGUCGUGACUUGUAAACCGUCAGAUGGAGAAGACGAGAACUACAUUGACCCUUACGGCGAUUGUGAAGACUGCACGCCAUACUACUUCAGACUAUACAUGAUGAAUGCAACUAAUGCCGAAUCAUAUCUUGCCGGAGACGCCGACACUCUCAAUGUGCGCGAAAUGGGUCCAUACGCAUAUCGCCGUCGCGAAAUUAAAGUCGACGUAAGAUUUUUUGAUGACAACAACCGUGUUUCUUACAAAAAAUACACAUACCACACUUACGAGCCGUCCCUGAGCUGCAAAGGAUGCUCCACCAGCGACAAAGCUGUAGCUUUGGACAUGGGAUACAUGAGUGUUAUCGCAGCUGCUGGUGGAGAACGAUCUUUUCUUAUGCGCUUAGCACUUGGAUCGUUUGCCAGAGGCAACACGACCACAGCUAGGAGCUUGGUGGCCAAGCAUGGCCAGCAGAUGAUGCGCUGGGUCAACGGUUUAAACUCAUUGGACCCAAAGGCCAUGCAAACGGUAACCAAUAAUAGCGCUGUACUGACAUUUCUGGUCACUGGACCGACUGCUAUUGCCAACAUGAACCUCUCGGGAUUCGCUUACAACGGUCUCUUUGCUAAACGCUCAAUCUCGCAGUGGGCAGGUGGAUAUCCCAGUCUACUCGCUGGUUUGGGUCUUGGCGCCAACUACGUCAAUAGGUGCGCUGUUAAAGGGGGGUUUAACGAGCAAUGUGCCGCAUGUGGUACCAGUACCAAUCCCGAUUGUCUUUCGAUUUGGGGCGAGUGCAAUCGAUGUGCUCGUGGUGCAUAUGUUGUAUCCAUCAAUGAUGAAACAUGUGCGACCAUUGCGGCCACUUACGCCUCUGCAUAUGGUGACGAAGAAGCUACUGACUUUGUUGCGAGUACAUGCCAGCUUUGCAAUACGGUGGGUCUGUGCGCUGCACCACUUCCGGGACUUGUUGAGUCAAGUGGCCGUGACUACUCGCAGAAAGCUCCCAAUGCAUCAAUUCUAGGCACAUACAUACAGCGCACGGGCUGCGAUGACAGAGACUACAUCAACGAGUUUGAACAGUUUGAUGGCUACAAGACCAGCGCCUUGUGGGUUGACUUAGGCGAACGUCGAAAUCCGACACUGUCGGAAUUGAUCGCCUUCUCUUCCUACGGUAACUGUGCAGCUCCGACGUCAAACAUGACAUGCAACCCUGUUUUUGGAAACGACGGCACUAGUAUCGCUCCAGGCGGCGUCAGCAUUUCCGGUUUCGAGGACGACAUUCCUCUUACCAGUUUUAAUUUCUAUAUGGGCCAAGGACGUCAAAAUGUGUCUAUUAUAAAUCAACAUGAGAAGGUCAAGUAUAAAGACAUUACGUUGCACCGCUUCCGACCGUCUACCAGCUUACUAUCAAUGACUGCUACAAAUGCUGACAUGGGCACAGGCUAUCCCAUCGACGGUGUGCAGAGUAUGGCGUUUAUUGCCGGAUUCCUUGCCUAUUUGUCGUUCCCAAUGUUCUUGUACGGCGAUGAGUCGCUGACGACGAAUGUGCAAAUUACAAUGAACGAUGGUGUCGAAGUGAGUCAAGAUACGCUAUAUGAUAGUGCCGGCAAACUUGAGACCAGAUACUCGUCCAAAUACGAGACGUUCCUUGACAUGGAGGCUGGUACGGGCAAGACCAUGCGCGCUCUUAAGCGCUUAAUGGCAUCGUACGCUAUAUCACCAUCCGCCAGCGACAACUUGCUUGCCAUGAGUGACGUUCUGCACCCAAAGCUAGAGACGGAAGUACUGAUUCCUAUAUAUUGGGGAGAGGAGGGAUCCACCAUAUCGGACUCCCUGGUGGACAAUUACAAAUCGGUCGUGUCACUACUCGAUUCGAUGGUUCCGGUGCUUAUCGUUGCUAUCGUGUUGGGUGUGCUACUAGGUAGCUCAGGUGCCUUCGUUAUGCGCCAUCGUCGAAAGCAAGUCGUCAAGGCUUAA